AUGGCAGAACUAGAACUUUCUUCCAACUAAGCAAGAGAAGAAAGGAAACUUGUGGCAAGGGUGGCCUGUUGUAUAAUUUUCUGCUCACCAAACCUAUGUAUGGCCACUCUUAUUCUCCGAAACUCUCCUUUUUCACAUCUCCACCAUUGCCCUCUCUCCAUCCCCAAAUCUUUUCCUUCGUUUCCCUUCUCUACCAGCAGAACCAGGCCUCUAAAUUCCACUAAGAUGCAAGGAAGUGAAAUAACAGAGGAGGUUGCUGAAAGCAGAGAGACAAAUGUGAAUGAAAAGAAAAAAAUAUUUGUGGCAGGAGCUUCGGGAAAUACUGGGAAAAGGGUUGUUGAGCAGCUUCUUGCAAAGGGUUUUUCUGUCAAGGCUGGGGUUCGUGAUUUGGACAAGGCCAAAACUUUGCUUUCAAAGGACAACCCAGCUCUUCAAAUUGUGCAAGCAGAUGUCACAGAGGGAUCUGCAAAGCUAGCAGAAGCUAUUGGUGAUGAUUCAGAAGCUGUGAUAUGUGCUACAGGAUUUCGGCCUGGAUGGGACUUGUUUGCUCCAUGGAAGGUUGAUAAUUUUGGCACAGUAAACCUUGUUGAAGCAUGCCGAAAACUUGGCGUGAACAGAUUCAUUCUUAUCAGCUCUAUUUUAGUCAAUGGAGCAGCAAUGGGACAGCUUUUUAAUCCAGCUUAUGUUUUUCUCAAUGUUUUUGGACUCACCCUGAUAGCAAAACUUCAGGCUGAACAAUACAUCAGGAAAUCUGGUAUUAACUACACAAUCAUAAGGCCUGGUGGGUUGAGAAAUGAGCCGCCGACAGGAAAUGUUGUCAUGGAGCCAGAGGAUACCCUUUAUGAAGGGACCAUAUCCAGAGAUCAAGUUGCAGAAGUUGCCGUUGAGUCCUUAUUCCAUCCGGAGUCAUCUUUCAAAGUUGUGGAGAUUGUUUCUCGCACAGAUGCUCCUAAUCGUUCUUACAAGGAUCUUUUUGGUUCCAUAAAGCAAAGAUGACAUUGAUGCUCGCCUUGUGCGGUUAUUUGUUUAACUGAAUUGCCUCUUGUUUAUUGUCUUCAUUGUGUCACCCUUGUAUAUUUACCUUCUUUUUCCUCAGAUAAUUUGAAAGAUCAAUAUAUACCAUUAUCAUGGAAAUAUUGUUGUGUAUUAUACUUUUGACAGUGGAGCAAACUUUGCAGGACUAAGAUCAGUGCUAAUGCUAUAUCCUGGGAUUUACCAAUUCCAUUUUCAGCAGAUUUCCAGAUUUGCAAUAUGUCAAGAAAUCUGGUAACAUAAAAGUAAAGCAAAUACAACGCAGUUGAUAAGAAGUAAUUAAAUUAUUCAAAAGAACCAUCCAACUACGGAAGCUACGGCAGCAAGUACAGCAGGAACACCCAAAGCUACUCCAGCACCUUCCAUUGGGGACGGUGGAAUCGCUCCUUGAUCUUCCCUCGCAGCUAUGGCGCCGGUGGCAAAAACAGCAAGAACAGUGAUGUAGGCAAUCAAAAUCGUCAUUUUGCUGCCCUCCAUUUCUGAUGACCAACUCAGCUAAACAAGCACGAUCUUGGGAACAAAGUGAGGGAAGCAAUUGAAGUGAGUCUUUUGAGCUUGAAUGAAAUGGAUAGAUUUCAAAUGCUUUUAUGGGGAAAGAUUAUGCUAAUAAUCAAGUAUUUGCCAGCUAUGUUUUGUUGGUUUAAUCACGAACAAAAUCAUUUCAAGGCAGUGUGUUGUCAGCUAAUUCUUUUUCUUUUUCCUCUCUCA